AUGAGAGAUGCAGGGACCUGCACUGUCCACAGCGACUUCCACUACAGCACCUUUGACUGGGCCAACUUCCGCUUCGUUGUCCCCUGUACCUACGUCAUGGCCCGGGUGUGCUCGCCCUCUGAGACCCCCCUGUCCCACUUCAGUGUGGAGGUGAAGAACGAGCUGCGAGGGAACUCCUCUGUGUCUCCUGUUCUGCAGGUCAACGUGGAGGUGGAGAACCUCAGGGUCUCCCUGCACAAGAGACAGAACCACCGGGUCAUGGUCAACGGCAUUUGGAAGAAACUCCCACUGAGCCUCAACGGUGGCACCAUCAACAUCCGAGGCAAUGCUGCUUCCAUCAUCCUGGAGACUAACUUCAACCUUUUUGUAUCCUACGAUGACACCUGUGCCGUCCAUAUCACCGUCCCCGCCUCGUACUCCGGUAAAGUCUGCGGCAUGUGCGGGAACUUCAACCACCUGAGUGACGAUGACUACCGCACAGCUGACGGUUCCGAGGCCCCCAACGCUACCACGUUUGGCCAGAGCUGGCAGAGCCAGAAGGCCUGUCAGUCAACCGUCGUCCCCCAUGAGUGUCCCCCCAUGGAGGAGGCAGAGUACGCUAGCGAGCCCUACUGUGGGUCCCUGGUCUCCAGGCAUGGGCCCUUCGCAGAAUGCCAGUCUGUCCUGGGAGCCGAGAGCUACUUCCGGAGCUGUGUGGCGGGGAUGUGUGGAGCAGGUGGUGGCCUGGAGGUGCUGUGUGAGGCCCUGCAGUCCUAUGCUGAUAUGUGCCUCAAGGCCGGGGGGCUCGUACCUGCCUGGAGGAACUUGACUAUGUGUCCCCUGGAGUGUGGUGCGAACAGCCAUUACAACACCUGUGCUGAGGGCUGCCCUGAGGCCUGCUCCAGUAUGGACACCCAAGGGGCAUGUGGAAGCUGUGAGGAGAGGUGUGAGUGCGACCCAGGCUUCAAGCUCAGUGGGGGGAGGUGUGUCUCUGCAGAGGACUGUGGCUGCUGGAUGAACGGAGAGCACUAUGAGAAAGGAGCAACGUUCAUGGACGGUGAGUGUGAUCGUGUGUGCCAGUGUAUGGGCGGGGGCGGGGGCAGAUUCCAGUGUUCUGCUUCCUCCUGCGCGGCUGACGAGGUGUGCAAGGUCAAAGAGGGGGUCAAAGGUUGCUUCCGCUCCACCCCGGCCAUCUGCCGCGUCUACGGAGACCCCCACUACAUCACCUUUGACGGCAAGGCAUACACCUUCCAGGGGGGCUGCAGCUACACCCUGGCCAAGACAUGCGGCACACACACACCCGUCCAGUUCUCAGUGACGGGACAGAACUGGAACCCGGGGAGCGAGAGCAAUGCUAAGCUGGCCGCAGUGGUUCUGGAGACCAACGGUCUGCAUUUGAAGAUGGAUAACUGCAGCGCCACUGUGAACCAUGUUUGGCAGCAUCUUCCUAUUGCAGUAAACGGCAUAUACGGCGAGGUGAAGCUGUACAAGAAGAAGCAGUACACUGUCAUGGAGACAACCUUUGGCCUCCAGAUGCUGCUGGAUGAUCAUCACAGGCUCUUCCUGCAGCUGGACGAGCGCUACAAGGGUGAGAUGUGCGGCCUCUGUGGUACCUACUCUGACGACCAGGGGGAUGACUUCCUGACCCCCAAUGGCACCAAACCCGAGACCAACGUGGUCACGUUCGCCAACAGCUGGAGAGUGAAGAGUCCGGAGGACGAUCACUGUGUUGCCUCCCCACCUGCCCCCCAACCAUGUGACCCCCAUUUGGACAACCAGGGCUACCAGGAGUGUUCCAAGCUGCUGCGUGACACCUUCAAGCCCUGCCACCCAUUUGUCCACCCCACGUCCUACAUAUACAGCUGUAUGUCCGACCACUGUGCCUCCGGCGGGGACAUGCAUGUGACAUGUUACUCCCUGAAGUCCUACGUGACCGCCUGUCAGGUGGCCAAUGUUACCCUGCCUCCCUGGUGUAAUGACACUGCCUGUGAUAGUCUACCUGGCCCUCCCACAAAACCACCAGUUACUACACCUGACAAGAAAUUUUGUCCUCUAGACUGCAACUUUGACAACAGCGAGUGUGGGUGGGAGCAAAUUGUUCAGGACAGUUUUGAUUGGAGGAGACAGAGAGGCCCAACCCCAUCUGACCUCACAGGGCCAACCCAGGACCAUACCACAGGAGGUGGCUCCUACAUGUACAUUGAGGGCGAUGGUGUGUAUUACGGAGACUCUGCCCGUAUGAUAAGCCCUAAGUGCCAAAAAGGGGCGACCCAAUACUGCCUGCACUUCUGGUACCACAUGUACGGACAGGCCAAGGCCAUGAUUCUCAAUGUCUACCAGCUUGACGAGCACAACAGACACAGGAAACUGUGGUCCAAAGCCAACAACCAGGGCGCCACAUGGUAUCCUGCAAAAGUGGAUAUCAAUAUCGAUGGGUCAUUCCAGAUCAUCAUGGAGGGAAUCCGAGGCUCUGACCUUCAGUCUGACGUGGCAUUUGACGACGUCUCCAUCCAGUAUGGAUCAUGUUCAGGUUCCUCAACAGGUGGUAUUGGAGGACCUUCAGUUCCUCCCCGAGUUGAAGAAGGAGCAUUUGUCCCACACCCAGUCUGCAACUUCGAUUGCACUUUCGAGCAGGACCUCUGCAGUUUUACCCAAUUGAUGACGGAUGUUUUUGAUUGGACAAGGCACAGUGGCCCCACCCCCACUGCGAUGACUGGGCCAUCAGCUGACCACACUCAAGGAAGUUCAGUUGGUCACUACUUGUACAUCGAAGCCAACAGUGUGUCUAACGGAGACACGGCUCGCCUCCUCAGCUCUGAGUGUUCUGACCCCGGUCUUCAGUGUCUGCAGUUCUGGUACCACAUGUCCGGUUCAGCGAAAACCAUGGGCUUGCACAUCUACCUACUCCAGGACCGCUACGCCGACAGGGUAUGGUGGAAGAGGAACAAUCAGGGAGACUCCUGGCAACUAGCCCAGCUGGACCUCAGGACCACUGGACCUUUCCAGAUCAUCUUCGAGGGCCGAAGAGGCACCACUGAUCAAUCUGAUGUGGCUAUAGAUGAUGUUUCUCUGCAUCGUGGACAGUGUGAAGAUCUGAUUAAGUCGACAACACCAACCGAAAAACCUGUGCCAGUAGACAAGUCUACCACUGCACCACCACCAGCUCCAAUUACCAUGAGACCAGUACCACUAAGACCAACAACCACUGCACCAGCUCCAACUAACUCAACCAUGACACCUAAACCCUCAGCUACUGCUAGGCCACAACCACCAACAACUAUGAGACCAGAAACAUCAAGACCAGAAACACCAGCACCACCCACAACUGAAAUAGCACGACCACCAAGACCGACAACUGCAAGACCACAACCGCCCAUCAUAGCAAGACCAACACCAUCGUGCCCAAAGAACAGCCACUUCACCCCCUGCAUCUCCGACUGCCAGCCCACCUGUAAGCACCUCCACGGCCCACCCGACUGCCACUCUGACGAGCAUUGCAUACAGGGCUGUGUGUGUGAUGACGGCUUUGUGCUCAAACAGAGGGUGUGUGUGCCCAUCCAGCAGUGUGGCUGUGUGGACAGCAAUGGCAACAGCCAUCACUUUAAAGAGAGCUGGUACACUGAGCACUGCCAUCAGAAGUGUGAAUGUGUUGAAGAUGAUGGUGUGGGGGAGAUCGACUGCGAUGAUGAAUAUGAGUGGGAUGGGGAUGCCAUCUGUCUUCAGAAUGAAGCUGGACAGUAUUUCUGCAAGUCAACAGACUUCAGUGAGUGCUCUAUCAAGGGAGACUCAGAGUACAGAACAUUUAACAACAUGAAGCAUGACUUUGAGGGCACGAACUCUUACGUUCUGGUCCAGGCCACAGGCCUGUCCAAGAACCAGCCAGACAUCUACAUCGAGGCCAUCAAUGACAUCAUCAACCAGGAUGGUGAUGACAGUCAUAGUGACAGUAGCCAUGGUGACAGUAGCCAUGGUGACAGUAGUCAUGGUGAUAGCAGUGAUGAGGAUGACAAGCAUAAAGACAGCAUGAGAAGCGAGAACAAUGAAGACAAGCAUGAUCACAGCGAUGAGGACGGUGAUGAAGAUAGAAAAGAGAACAACAGCCGUCUGCGACUCAGAGGGCUGAAGAUCAGAGUCUACAACCACACAGUGGAGUUCAGGAAGAACAGGAAACUUGUUCUGGACGGUAGGAGCACGCAUGCCCCUGUCUCCCCAACAGGGGGUCUGAGGAUUCUGGAGACCUCCUCUCGUAUCUACCUGAAGACAGACUUUGGCCUCUCCGUGGAGUUUGAUGGAGACAGCAGAGCAGUAAUCAUCCUGCCCCACAUCUACAAGAGGAGAUUGGGAGGCCUAUGUGGCAACUUUGAUGACAAGAAGAAGAAUUACGUGAGGAAGCCGAACGAGGAUCAUCUUCCCUUUGUAACUUUGCCUAUGGCCAGUGACCUGACCUGACCUCAAUGCAUCAAGACCAUUGAAUGUGUAAUUAUUUUCUCAUAGACAGACGCAUUCCUUCCUACAAUGGACACAGUGCAUUUGAAAGCACUUGGGUUGAAAAAAGCUUGGGUUUUUGUGGACUGUAAGGAAAAUGGAUCAAUAAAGUAUUCGACUUCUUCUAUAGGGUUGUUGGUUUAAAUCCUGUUGUUUCUGCAGCUUAUGACCCACCUGUGUGCCUUACAGUCUUAGGUUCUUUGCACCGUUUACCUAGUGAAAGAAUCAAUGUACACACAUGACACUUCCCACAUGAAAAAAUACUACAGUUUACUAUAGAAUACUACAGUUCAGACCCCAGUUCUACCUACCU